AUGAUGCAAGAUAUGUGGAACGCUCCGCCAGGGUUCAGACCCACCAAAUCGGCGCCGUCAUCGCCAUUAAAACCUCUGGGUGCUGGGGUAUUGAGGACUCGGUCUGAGUCGUUUAAUUUGAAUCCAACUCGAUCCGAGUCAAUGAUUUCAAACUUGACUCGGUCUGACUCGUUGAACUCGAACUCAACUCGAUCUGAAUCUUUCCAUGUUACCCAUAAGGUCCCAGUCGGUGAUUCUCCUUAUGUCAGAGCGAAAAACGUUCAAUUGGUAGAGAAGGAUCCGGAGAGGGCGAUUCCGUUGUUUUGGGCAGCCAUUAACGCCGGAGAUAGAGUGGAUAGUGCUCUGAAAGACAUGGCGAUUGUUAUGAAACAACAGAAUCGAGCAGAAGAAGCCAUUGAAGCGAUUAAGUCGUUGCGAAGAAGAUGCUCAGAUCAAGCUCAAGAGUCUCUCGAUAACAUCCUUUUAGAUCUCUACAAGAGAUGCGGAAGAUUGGAUGACCAAAUCGGAUUAUUAAGACACAAAUUGUUCUUAAUCCAACAAGGAAUGGCCUUCAAUGGGAAACGAACAAAAACAGCAAGAUCUCAAGGAAAGAAAUUCCAAGUGUCAGUCGAACAAGAGGCAACUCGGCUACUCGGGAAUUUGGGGUGGGCGUUGAUGCAACAGAACAACUACAUUGAAGCAGAAGAUGCAUACAGGAGAGCUUUAGUGAUAGCGCCUGACAACAACAAGAUGUGUAAUUUAGGGAUUUGUUUGAUGAAACAAGGGAGGCUCGGAGAAGCUAAGGAUACUUUAAGGUUAGUGAAACCUGCGGUGGUGGAUGGGCCACGUGGGGUGGAUUCACAUCUGAAAGCAUACGAAAGAGCUCAACAGAUGUUACGUGAUUUGGAAUCAGAGAUGAUGAAUAGCGGCGGAGAUAGAGUUGAACAGCGGAAACUGUUCGAUGCUUUCUUGGGUUCUUCAGCACUUUGGCAACCUCAACCUUGCAAAGAACAUUUAUCUUCUGCACCUGUACCUGUUUCAAACAAAAAAACCGAAGAUGGUUUUGGUGAUGAGAAUAAAAAACCGGUGGUGGUGGUGGGCCCACCUGGGAUUCUCAAUCCUAAUUCCAAUUCCAAUUCAAAUUCGAAUUCGAAUUCGAAUUCUAAUUCUAAUUCUAAUUCACUGAAUAUCGAUGCUAAGCCUUUUUACGUGAAAACCGGUGAAAAUGCGGCGGAGGGGCUAAAGAGAACGAGGUCAGUGAACGGAGAAAAAGACGCCGGAGAAAUGGAGGUGAAGGCGAGAAGGAAAUCAGGGUCGCCGGAGAAAAACGACUGGAGUGGGCUUUUGCCGGAUAGUAAGGAUUUUGAGGAGGCGAUUCUUGCGGCGGUUUUGGGUUCCACGACGACGACGACUGAACCGGAGAAGAUGAAGAUUGAGACAGGAAAGGUUGUUGGGAGGAAAAUUGAGAAGAGGUUGAAGGUUUUUCAAGAUAUUACUUCGACUCUUAGUCCAAGAGCUUGAAGAACUGAAGAUGAUUACUGACUUUUUAAUUUAAUGGAAUAGGAUGAUGAUGGAGAAGAUAGACUUGUUCUUCUCUCACUGUGGUUGGGUGAUUUGGUUUGGUGUUAGUUGUUGGAGUGUUUGUGCACCCAACUCAUGUUUUUUUUUCUUUGUUUAACUUAAUUGAAAAUUUGCCUUCACAAUGUAGGCGAUAGUUUAAAACAAUAAGCAUUGUAUCAAUCUUAUUUAUAUGAAUGCAAAUCAUGAUGAUGAGUCUCA